AAUGCAAUAUUGCAGGUAUUUUUACUUUGUUUGUUGGCUGGUUGCAGCAUCUGCUGGUUCAAUACAGUUUGUUUUAUUCUCUGCAUAAAGAAUUUCCCAAGUAAUCAACCACUUGCUCUUUCUCUCACAGUCAGUUUCAAUGGCUUGAGCGCUGCCUUUUACAACCUUGCUGCAAAAUCACUUAACCCUUCAUCAACCACAUUGUAUCUUCUUCUCAACGCUUUAAUUCCGCUCUUGACAUCUGUACGAGCCCUUUUCCCGAUCCUUUUGCAACCCCUGGUGGAUGUUCUUUCGUCUGAUGCUGUUAAACGCGAUCAAUUUAUAUUCAUCGCUUUAAAUUUGUGGGCUGUUGUGACCGGAUUCUACCUUCUCUUCCUACAUUCUUUAAAUGCAGCAACAGCUCGUUUCCUCUUUGCCGGUGCCAUGUUUCUACUUGUUCUCCCUUUUGGUACCCCCUGUGUUAUCUAUGCUCGAGAUUGGUUCCAUCGCACAAUUUACUCGAGCUUCCAACUUCCAAGCUCGGGUUUUAUCCUUGUUGAUGCCGAUGAUCAUGAAUUUCAUAAAGAGCUCCUGAGUCAAGAGAAUAAUGUAGACGAUAGUACAGUUCGUAUAGUAUCUAGACAAAACACGGGAACUAGUGAAGGGUGUUCCUGUGAGACUGUAAUGAAGAAGGAUUGUCUGACGGUGCUCGGGGAAGAUCAUAAGGCGCCAAUCCUCCUUCGUAGGGUUGAUUUUUGGCUAUACUAUCUUGCUUAUCUUUGUGGAGGCACAAUUGGGCUAGUGUACAGUAAUAAUCUCGGGCAGAUAGCCCAAUCACUUGGAUAUUAUUCAAUGACUUCGAGGCUCAUUACAACGUAUUCUUCGUUCUCUUUCUUCGGGUGCUUGCUUUCAGCUGCACCAGACUUCAUUCGAACGUAAGUGAACAGAUUGAAACUAUAUUUCAUAUUGACCUUAAAUUUUUAGGGUG